AAUUAAAAGACAAUGGAAAAAUAAGAUGUACAAAUGUUCGCGGAAACAUAAGAAAACAAAGUGACCGAUUUAUUAUUCCAUUUAUUUUUUAUGCAAAUAACGACUAACGAUUAAAUGUCUUUAAACGUAAGCUUUACUUCUAAAAGAUUACUGAUAAUUAUUAUAUACCAUAUCUUACGUUCUUUCAUCAUGCAUACAUAAUGCUCAUUAUGAAUGAAUGAUUAAAAAAUAAUGAUCGAGCAGGGAUGCGGACUGUGCAUUUUACAUCUGCCUUCAUUGCAGUAUUCUUCAUUAUGAAAGUUUGCGUGGCUUUUAGACGUAUUCCAGUGUAGGCUUUCAAAUUUGUUUUCAUCGAUUUUUUAUUUAUCUUGGUGUCUGUAUAUAGUAAAUAAAAUAAUGUAUGAUGAAAUCUUCAUCAGACCUCAUAAGAUCAGUUUGAAACUAAUCGGCGCAUGGCCAGGAUAUGCAAAGUUGACAGGUUUUUUCUUGGUCAUCGGUUCGUCUUCAGUUCUGUUAUUUUUCGCGCUCUGGAAUACCAUCGAAGUCUUCGGAAAUCUGGAACUUCUCGUAGAUAAUUUGGUCAACGUCAUUGGUAUUAUCGUUGGCUUCUUCAAGCUAACAACGCUACGAGUGAAACGCAGGAAUUUGAUAUUCAUGGUGGACACAAUGUUCGAAGACUGGCAAACAUCAAAAAAGACAAUCGAAGAAUUGAAUGCAAUGAAAGAUCACUUUGAGCGGAGCAAAUGGUUAUGCAAGUCCAUUAUCAUGCUGUACAAUUCUUUAAUUUUAACGUUUCUUCUCAAACCCGUUAGAUCGUACAUGAACGAUUCUAUCGAGGGUAGACAAUAUCUUGCACCUGUAUCGUUUCCCAAAUUUAUAGAUGCAAAGCAAUCGCCUAUAUAUGAAAUUGUAAUAAUUGGAGAAAUCGGCACAGCAUUUUUCUGUAUUAACAGUCAUGCUCUGGUCGAAGGAUUACUCGCAUCUACGGUUCUGCACGCAAGUGCAAAAAUUGCUGCUGUACGCCAAGAAAUAAUUAGGUUUUCUAAAGUCUGCCGAUCACAGAAUAGCAACAAAAGACUGAUAAUUUCUGCUACGAGACGACUUGUUCAAGUCCAUCUGAGCUGCAAUGAAUUUUCAGAGACUAUUGUUGACAUAUUUGCAGUCAUCUCAUUUUUUAGCAUUCUCUUAAUGACACUGGCGCAAGUUUUCUCUGGAUACAUGUUUAUUUUUGUACAAGAUGAAUAUUACUCAUUGUACGUGUUCAUUACAGUAGCUAUAAGUCAUUUAUUUUAUUUUAAGAACAUCGAAAAUGGAGGAGAAACCGUGCAAACGCUUCAUUACGGAUUUUUAACGAUUGUAUUUUUGGUAAGCAGUGGAUAUUUUUGUAUCGCUGGAGAACAUUUAGCAAACCAGAGCGAACUCCUUACAAUGGAAAUAUACAACUGCUUUUGGAGCGAGUUUCGGAUUCCCGAACAAAAAGCUAUAAGGUUUAUUUUGGCGCAAUCUCAAAGACCAGUUCGUUUGACGCUUGGAAAGUUUGAUGAAUUGAAUCUUGUAUAUUUAACUAAGAUCAUAAAAACCUCAUUUUCUUAUCUUUCAUUAGUUCGUCGAGUGCGCUAAAAUGUAUUAACUUUCAAAGGCUGAUGAUGUUUAAUGUUGGUAAAUGUCAUGAUCUGAACUACUUAAAUGGCAUCAAACAUUUGAGUAUUGUGAUCUAUCUGUUUCUAUGUGAGGAUCAAAACACAUUCCAUUAUCUGACUAUGUUCGUCAAUAAAUAAUGUAUUUUAGCAUUAAUCUCUUAGUAGCGAACGUGGCUCGGGGGGUCUUACUCUCUAACUAUGUGGUGACCUACCCAGUCCAAACAUGCAACAGAGCGACACACAUACGCUGUCAGCUCAAAAAGAGUUUAAAUUAGUGGGCGCAUACUACCUAUUUGAGGAUUACAUGAAAACAAUGUGGAUCCCACACGUGGUGUUACAUAUAAUUCAUAAUUAUUGCAUAUUCUCUCUAAAAUCGUUAGAGUGAAAAAUCACUCUUAAUUCCGCCAAAAUUGAGUCAACUGUUUGCUCGAGUCAUAAUUUGACUCGAAUAUAGUCAUUUUUUAAAAGUGAGCUUAUGUUCAUGAUUUUACUCUUCAUUUUACUCUAUUUAAUAUUCUCUCUAAAAUCGUUAGAGUGAAAAAUCACUCUUAAUUCCGCCAAAAUUGAGUCAACUUUUUGCGCGAGUCAUAAUUUGACUCGAAUAUAGUCAUUUUUUAAAAGUGAGCUUAUGUUCAUGAUUUUACUCUUUUUUCAAGUGAAAUAAUUACUUUAUUGGAGUGACAUUUGACUCUAUUCGAGUGAAAUUUUCACUCGAACGCAAGUGACUCAAUUUUGGCGAAACUUGGAGUAAUAUAGGCGAUUUUUCACUCUAACGAUUUUAGAUAAUAUAUCGUCGCUCUCCCUACGAAGAGUAGCACUGUUUAAAUUUCCCGUCAUAAGUAGCACAACUCAUUUGACGCACUCUAGACUAGCACAACUCAAAAUUUCCCGCAAAGACUAGCACAACUUGCGCAUUUGCCGCGAAAAUUAGCACAACUCAAACUUUAAACAUAACGAAUUUCUAUAAAAAUAUCCCGAUUUUUGCGAA